AUGGCCAUUGAUGAGCGCGAUGACCCUCUUGUUAAGGCACUCCCUCCCGAAACAGACUAUCUCACUUAUCUCACAAUUCUAGAAUACCAAUUGACCCCCGAACACCUGCCAAUCUUGCACAAUCUGCUCCAGGAUGAGAAGUUAACGACGAAUAUUGGCUGGGAUUUAGUCCAGCUGCUUCUUCCAAUGGUUCCUGCGUCGCAGGAAUGUCUUCAAGAUGUGGCUAGACUUGGGAAUCCCAGAGAGGUUAUUUUGCGGGUUUCCAAUUCGUUGAUGAAGCUAGAACCCGUGGAUGAGGAUGGUGAUAACGAAGGAGAUUAUGAAAAGGGGCUCAGUGAAGCGGUUGGUGGAGUCAGGCUGGAGGAAAACGCAAACGCGAAAGACGAUAUAGUUAUACAUGAUCAAACUACAGUUACUCCCAGAGUUCCCUUGCACAUCUUGCAAUUCAACUGCCUCGUUUCCAUGCUCGCAGUUCUCCACUCCCGCAUCCAGACGAAAUAUCCCAGUCGUUUUGUCGCGACCUCUCUACAAGCUGUACUAGAAGCAUACACUGCUUUCCCUACUGUGGAGACGACUGCAGCAGUGUUGGAAUUUUUCAGAGACACAGCGGGGAAAAAACGGCCACGUCUCCCACCCCGGAAUAUGAGUGAAUCACUCGUUCCGCAAGUGACUAAAGAAUCAGCGCCAGACCCAGAGGCUGAAUGGCAUCUGGGGACCGUAGCAUCCGAGGAAUGGGCUGUGAUCCAAAGGCUUAUGCAGUUUGGUCUCGUGGAGCUUCUGAAAACAUAUCUCUUGCACUGUAUCGACGAGCCACCUGCAGGAAUGCGGUGGGCGCUUCGAUUGCAGGAGAAAUUAGAUACAAACAAUCGGAUGCCAGCGUCAUUAAGUUUCACUGAGGAUUUCGGAAAGCUCGAGAGUUUGAAAGAGCGGGAUAUGGCGGUUGGGAAAAUUAUUGCAUUGUCACGAGACUUUGGCAUUGAAACAAAAGAGCUUCUUGAGAUCAUUUCCAAGCCCAACGAUCAGCAACUACCGCCUCUCGAUUUCGAAGAAACGCCUAAACGAGCUGAGGAUAUUCCUCUUCAAAGGCAUGGCUGUCUUCUGCUGCUGGCAGCGCGAUGUGCAGCUGAUAAACUCCUCUCUUCGGGCCAGCCAGUGGAGCCCAUUCCCGUCUUCCCUGAUCUUGCUGUCAUAUUUUCCAAUUUUCUGGGGGAGGGUGAAUCUGCAUAUUCCACGGUUAUCUCAGAGCCCGAAGCUCUCGUUGACUCACUCCUUUCCCUGGCUGUUAUCGCCAGUUGUGAACCUGUUGCACAUCCCCAUAGCCAAACUGAAUUUGGCCAAUUCAUGCUCCAGCUCACUGCUUGCAUCCGUGCACCAAGUUUCCGGAGUUUCAGUCGAAUGGCCCGGAUCCCAUCGAAGAUAUUUCACAGUAACCCUGACUCCCUCGCCCGAUUCAACCUAGUGUGUAGAAUUCUCGACGACGAUAAUCUAGAAUACUCCCGAGAGACAGCGAUGGGAUGGGUGAAGGAGGAGCUUAUUGCAGCAACAGCACCAAGCCCACUGGAUCAGAAAGAGAAGAGAGAAUGCAUAUUUACUGAUCCCAAGUCAUUUGCAAGCCUAUUCCCAAAAAUCUACAAGCCCAUUCCGGACGGGUGGCUUACGCUCAGAACAGCCAAAACCGAAGACCUUAUCAACAUCUGGAUGACGUUUACUCAACAUAGCCUCCCCUUCCAUCUUUCCGUCCUGAACCUGUUGUAUUUCCUCACCCAAUCGCAAGCACUACUCGAACAUUUACAAAUGAAAAAAUUCUACCCGUACCUCCGGUCCAAGUUUUUGGAGCCGCUACAGGCAUUUAUGCAGAAUAUUUUGACAGACGCGGAGAUCACGGCACGAGUUGAGAUGGAAGUUGGCGAUGAGACGGUUCAGGUGGGGAAAGGUGCGGCGGACCUAGUCUUGCAUAUUAUUGCGGAAAUUGAGGAAGGGUUAGCUGGGGUAUUAGGGGAUUUGGAGGCCAACAACCUCCAAAUCAUGAUAUUCAAACCGUCCCCCAAAAUCCCCACCGCAAAACGCAGCUCUCUCAUUUCUACCACGCUCCUCCCGCCUGAUACCUCCAUAUUCCCCAUAAUUUCAAACUCUCACAUAUACGCCUGCACCUUAGAGAACCUCGAUCCUUCGACGACAAUCAACCAUUCAUUCCUGAAACACUCAACUGUAACAUCCAACAAGCGUAGCGUAACGGAAACUUACGGUUCCAAUAAUGAAGAAAGUGACUGCUCCGCUGGCAGCGGCGGCUGCACCAUUUCGCAAAGCCAUCUCUCCAACAGUACUAUCUCCAGCAGUCACAUUUACUGCUGCAACGUGAAAAGUUGCACCCUCUCAAACGCAGGGUAUCUCUCAGACACGCACCUGCGCAACUCAACGCUUUCUGGUGCCGUGCGAGUCAUCCAAUGCAAAGUCAAGGCGUCGCAAUUCAUAUACACAUUGGGUGAUGACUACAUCCCAGAUUCUAUCUCAGAAACUGACGGACCCGCAAUCCAAAAAAGUGACAUCUGCAACUCCAUAAUCGGCCCGUUGCCAUGUACAAUUAGUCGAGCACGACUACGGAAAGUGAAGAUCUCCUGCAGUACCGUUGCUGAUGCUUGUUUGGAUGAUUGCGAUGUUGCUGAUUGCAUGAUUACAAAGGGGAAAUUUUCUGGGUUAUGGUUGAGGAAUGGGAUUUGGGAAGGCGGGGAAUUGGUUGGGAAGAUGAAGGAGGGGGAGGAUGUGGUGAUCAAGGCGAGGGGCUUUGCUGAGAUUGAAGAGAAGGAGAGGGAGAGAGAGCAAGAGAGGUUUGGCAAACUUAAAGAACAGGGCGAAGCGGGGCAAAUGAUGGGUGUGGGGAUUGGGGAUGCUGCUGUCCGUGGUGCGCAGGGAGAAUUUUCUAGGGAGAGCGACAGCAGUAAAAAAAUCCCCUUUCCUGAGGAUUCUACAUCUACCAACCAACCACAAGAACCAAUCCAGGUCAAUUAUGCCUUUCCAAUGCCAGUGCCAGCAGAAACCCUUGAACAGCUAAACCAAAGCCAACAACCACCUGCCGCUGCCUCAAAAGAACAACCAUACAUCAGUAUAUGUGAAAGUACCCCCUCCCCGCCCUCAACAGUCGGCUACUCAACUUCAACAGAAAGUCUUGUUGACGUUGACGAAGACCAUGAAUUUCCCCUUCAUGGUCCCGAUGAUGGAAUGGUAGGCAUUGGUGACGAGAAACUGCCACCAUAUUCGCCAUAA